GGCUAACGGUACUUGGGCUAUAGCACCAAACCAAAGCUAACGGAACGUGACGUUAGAGGCUCGCUCAUCAGAGAAGUGUAUUGCCGUCACAAUGAGAGGUUCGUACGGAGACAGAGAUCGAGACCGUGGCCGUGACAGGGGCAGCCCCCGUUUCGGGUCCAGCAGAGGCGGUCCUCCACCGGGCAAGAAGUUUGGAAACCCCGGGGAGCGAUUACGGAAAAAGAGAUGGGACCUGGAUGAACUCCCCAAAUUUGAGAAGAACUUCUACAGUGAACAUGCAGAGGUUCAGCGAAUGAGCCAGUAUGAUGUGGAUGAGUAUCGCAGAAAGAAAGAGAUCACAGUUCGUGGUUCAGGCUGUCCCAAACCCAUCACCACCUUUCACCAGGCACAGUUUCCUCAAUAUGCAAUGGAUGUGCUGAUGCAGCAGAACUUCAAGGAGCCCACAGCCAUCCAGGCCCAAGGUUUCCCUCUGGCUCUCAGUGGGAGAGACAUGGUGGGCAUUGCCCAGACGGGAUCUGGGAAAACCUUAUCGUACCUCCUCCCUGCAAUUGUGCACAUCAACCAUCAGCCCUACUUGGAGCGUGGAGAUGGACCCAUUUGUUUGGUUCUGGCCCCCACAAGAGAACUGGCCCAGCAGGUCCAGCAGGUUGCCUAUGAUUAUGGGAAGUUGUCCCGCAUUAAAAGCACUUGUGUGUAUGGUGGUGCGCCCAAAGGACCCCAACUCUGCGACCUUGAGAGAGGUGUUGAGAUCUGCAUCGCUACACCGGGUCGUCUUAUUGACUUCCUCGAGGCUGGAAAGACCAACCUGCGCCGCUGCACAUACUUGGUUCUGGAUGAAGCUGACCGCAUGCUGGACAUGGGCUUUGAACCCCAGAUUCGUAAAAUUGUGGACCAGAUCAGGCCAGACAGACAGACCCUGAUGUGGAGUGCCACCUGGCCUAAAGAGGUUCGACAGCUGGCAGAGGACUUCCUCAAGGACUAUGUCCAAAUCAAUGUUGGGGCCCUGGAACUCAGCGCCAACCACAACAUUCUUCAGAUAGUUGACGUCUGUAUGGACAAUGAAAAGGAUCAGAAAUUGAUCCAGCUAAUGGAGGAAAUUAUGGCUGAGAAAGAGAACAAGACCAUCAUCUUUGUGGAGACCAAGAAACGAUGUGAUGACCUCACUCGCAGGAUGAGACGUGAUGGGUGGCCAGCGAUGUGUAUUCAUGGUGACAAGAGCCAGCCAGAGAGAGACUGGGUGCUGUCAGAAUUCCGUAGUGGAAAAGCUCCCAUCCUCAUUGCUACUGACGUGGCCUCCCGUGGUUUGGAUGUGGAGGAUGUCAAGUUUGUCAUCAACUAUGACUAUCCCAACUCGUCGGAGGACUACAUCCACCGGAUCGGCCGCACGGCCCGCAGCACCAACAAGGGCACAGCGUACACCUUCUUCACGCCAGGAAACCUCCGCCAGGCCCGGGAGCUGAUCCGGGUGCUGGAGGAGGCGCGACAGACCAUCAACCCCAAACUGCUGCAACUGGUGGACACAGGACGUGGAGGAGGCAGCCGUCCCCGUUUCCGUGGAAGCUCUAAUUCCAACAAUCCCAACCUGAUGUACCAGGACGAGUGUGACCGACGGAUGCGUUCUGUGGGCGGCAGCUCUAAGGACAGCCGCAGCAACUACAGCCGCGGAGGAAGCAGUCGGGACGGGGAGCGUUCCUCCUCCUCGCACAGAGAUCGCAGCAGCCGGGACGGCGGACGCAGCUACGGCUCGGGUUCCAGCUCAUACGACCAGUGCCAGAACAGCAGCUCCAGGGGCACCGCCGGCUCCGGGAGCGGUGGGGUGGGCCAGGCCCCCCCUCCGUCAGGGCCACAGCCUCUGAUGGCCCAGCAGUUCAGCCCCCCCCAGCCCAUGAUGGGUCUGAUGGGACACACUCCGUUCCAGUUUGCUCCUCCCUCUGGCAGAAAGUAGUGUAAGCUCAACACCAGUCACACUCGACUCCCGUUAGUCAACCUGUACUUCCAGGGGGCGUUUGGCGGUUGAACACUAACAUCUACAUUCCAGUUCUAGGCUUGUUUGUGUUGCAGAGGAUGUUACAAUAGGUUUUUGUGCUUCAGAUUCCUUAUUUCUACCUUAAGACAGAUUUGUAGUAGUUUUACUUAAAAUUAAUAAUGAUCAUUAGUCACGUUCUUGGUAUAAAUGUGAUGUUUUUGUAAUGUGAGCUGCUGGAGGAGGAUCCAGUUUCCCCUUCAGCAGCAAAGGAAGGUGCUAAAAUUAUUAUUGCAAAUAAGGAUCUGUUUUAUUUCUUUGACUAAAACUAUAAAAAGUCACUGCUUUAUGGAAGAGCUGAAUUGUACCUUUGGACUCCGGCCUUGACUUACUUUGUUCACUAGCGUAGCCAAGCGUUUGUGGCAGUAAUGAGUUAAUGUGAUGUCUGUUUUUACAGUUUUUCAUGUUAAAUAAAAGCCUUUAACUGGUC